CGCUCUCCGCCGCGCCCCGCGCCGCUCCGGACCCCCGCGCCGCCCCAUGCGCCCGCCGGCGCCCUGACCGCGGCGGACACGAUGCGAGCCCAAAUCGAGGUGAUCCCGUGCAAGAUCUGCGGAGACAAAUCCUCAGGGAUCCACUACGGUGUCAUCACCUGUGAAGGCUGCAAGGGUUUCUUUCGGAGGAGCCAGCAGAACAACGCCAGCUACUCCUGCUCCCGGCAGAGGAACUGCCUGAUCGACCGCACCAACCGCAACCGCUGCCAGCACUGCCGCCUGCAGAAAUGCCUGGCACUGGGCAUGUCCCGCGACGCGGUGAAGUUCGGCCGCAUGUCCAAGAAGCAGCGGGACAGCCUCUACGCCGAGGUGCAGAAGCACCAGCAGAGCCAGGAGCAGAGCGGCGGCACCAAGGAUGAGCCCGAGCCCCUGAGCCGCGUCUAUACCACGAGCGUCAGCAGCGGCCUCUCGGACCUGGACGACAUCUCCACGCUGUCGGACGGGCUCCUCUUCGACUUCCCCCUGACCCCCGAUGGCAGCAGCACCUACUACAACCUGGACCUGCUGGCCUCGGCGCAGCCCUCGCCUGACCAGUCCAGCCUGGACGUGGCUGAUGCCACGCUCAUCAAGCAGGAGUCCAUCUACGAGCUGAUGCUGGAGCCGGCGCUGUUGGCACACGGGGCGCUGGAAGGUGCCCAGCUGCCCCCCGACAUCUCUGUCCUAGAGAUCGACCGGGUGGCCCAGAACGUGGUGAAGUCACACCUGGAGACGUGCCAGUACACAACGGAGGAGCUCAAGCGCCUGGCGUGGAGCCUCUACUCGCCCGAGGAGGUCCGUGCCCUGCAGAGCAAGAGCUGCGAGGCCAUGUGGCAGCAGUGCUCGCUGCAGAUCUCCAACGCCAUCCAGUACGUGGUGGAGUUCGCCAAGCGCAUCGACGGCUUCAUGGAGCUCUGCCAGAAUGACCAGAUCAUCCUCCUGAAAGCCGGUUGCCUCGAGGUGCUCCUGAUCCGCAUGAUCCGCGCGUUCAACCCCUUGAACAACACCAUCCUCUUCGAGGGCAAGUUCGGCGGGAUGCAGAUGUUCAAAUCUCUCAGCUGUGACGACCUCAUCGGUGCCAUCUUCGAGCUGGGGAGGACCCUGUGCCGCCUGCAGCUGUCGGACGAGGAGCUGGCCCUCUUUACCGCUGCCGUCCUGCUCUCCCCAGACCGCCCGUGGCUGACCGAGUCCAAGAAGGUGCAAAAGCUCCAGGACAAGAUCUACGUGGCCCUGCAGCACGAGAUCCAGAAGAAACACUCCGCUGAGGACAAGCUCUCGAAGAUGGUUUCCAAGCUGCCCUUGAUGAAGACCAUUUGUAACCUGCACUUGGACAAGCUGGAAUUUUUCCGUCUCAUGCACCCGGAGACUGCCAUGAACUUCCCCCCCCUCUAUAAGGAGGUUUUCAACUUGGAGCUUCAGUACAGCGACCCCCGGGAGAGCUAAGGCCGGGAGCCAGCGGCCCCCUUCGAGUUCCCCAAAACUUGGAGACGAACUGCACUUCAGAGGUUUGGGGCAAUUUAUUUAAAUCAAAUAAUCAAACUCAAGAGAACCCCGGGGGGGCUGCGGUGCCUCCCCGGCCCCGUCUCCUCGCUGUGGAUUGCAAUAGCUCUUGAAUGUAAAGCACCUUGAAGGAAAAGCAAAUGGACUUUGCCAUACCAGUGAAAUGAAUGUGAAAUCUCUGCUCGGGAGAGGAGAUGCUCCCGGCAGUGGUGAGGGAUCGGCUGCUCCCGGUGACACGGGAGGAGGGAGCGCCCUCCCCGCUGUCCUGGCUGCACUCUCCACCUCUGAUUUUUAUUUCUUUAUUUUUUAAUUAUUAUUUUUAUUUUAUUGUUUGGUUUGUUUUUUUUUUUACCCAAACACCAGGCAUGGGAUAAAGAAGGGGCAAUGCUGACUCAGCUGGGUGGGGUUGGGGCUGGAGCUGAGGAGAGGGAAAAGACAGAGCCUUUGCUUUAUUUCAUGUCCCACGGGUGCAGCGGGCCCACGGGAGCUUGGCCAAGAAAGGUCUGGCUGUGGCCAGCGGGGGAUUCAGCACAGGAUUUUCCUGUGGAGGAGGCUGAUUUGAGGGAAAGGAUUCCCAAUGCAGCAGGGGAAAAGUUUUGCAGGGUCUCCAUGCCCUCCAUCACAGCAUUUUCCCAAAUUCCCAACCAACUCCUCGUCCAGCUGGGCGACCACCUGACUUUGCAGAGUCCAUUCAGCAGUUCACCUGCCUCGUGCCACCUUUCUGCAUCCCAGAAGCUUUUCCAAGCCCGUGUGACUUCAGCCAGAGAUCAAAUCCUGGCCAUCCGUGGCCACUGGAGGGGCUCCAGGGCUGCCCCCAUCCCCGCGGUGGCCGCAGCAGCCGUGGCUCUCUGGGUACUGCUGUGUGUGUAGUUCUCUUAUCAAUCCCAUUAAAGCCACCCCACAGUUCAGCACCCAGAGGAGGGUUUGUGACCCUUCCUCCACCCAGACCACAGCUGGUCCCAUUCCCAGGUUCCUCCUUCCCGCACCACACGUGGGAGCGCAGAUGUGGCUGCCUGCUGUUGCUUGAGUUGGACUCAGGCUUUCCCCUCAGUGAGCUCCUUAGAACUGUUAUUUUGGGGGUUGUUCUCGAGUUAGCAGGAUUUAGGAGCUUUUUAGGGGGAGAAACUUCCUCCUGGAGUCAAGGGGAAGUGAAAGGUCCUUAUUCCUUCCUGCCAAGGAAUAGGGGUGGUUGGAAGGAAGGUGGUGUGUUUGGGGCCUGCUGCUCCUUUUGGGAGGCUCAAAAGGGGAUGAAGGGAAGGAUUUGUGGGGUGAUGCUGUUAUAGGCCACAGCAGCAGGGGAUGCUUGAGAGACUCCGUGGCUCUGCAGAUGGAUUUUUCCGUCCCAGUUCCUGCUCCUGCUGUAGCAAAUGCCAAAAACUACAAGGGAAAAAUCUGCUCCGAGGCAGCCCCAGUUUCUGCUGACAAAGGGCUAAAAUCCCAAGCCCCUUUCCUGCUUCGUGCUGAUUCCUCGUGCACCCAAUCCCAUCCUGCGGCAGCUCGGAUCAUCCCCGAGCGUGAGCCAAAAACCUUCAGUUCCACAACUGCACCCUUUCAACCAAACGAGCAGCUUUCUUAGUGACGUGAGGGACAUUCCUGCUUUUAUUAAAAGACCUCCUAGGGAAGACCAUGGACCAACCUUGACGAGGGAAGACUCCCCAGGAAGCUGAUGGGAUUUCUGCUCCGCUCGAAGGCAGAGGGAAAUUUGGGACCGCGCUCCUUCCCAGCAGCUGCCGCCCGCCUCGCGCAGCCCUGAGCUCCCUGGGUUUGCUGACCACAUCCGAACUGCUUCUGGGAGCACACUGGAGCCCGCCAGCCUUGGCUCCCUCUCCACUGGAGCCAGGUCUCUGGGAAAAGGCUGCCGGCCCUCCCACGGCCCCCCGCGAUGUCCAGUGCCAAUGCGUCGCUGUCCAGCGCAGCGUCCACGGGGUGGGGAUGUGCCCGGCUCCUCUCCUGCCCUCUGCAAAGCUUGGACAGAAGUGAGAAGUCAGAACUGCCUUUUACGUCCUGAGGGUUGUGCCUUUUUUUUUUUUUGGAAGCAUCAUUUCCGACAGCACCGUUCACUUCCCGGGAAAAGCACCCCCAGAACCUGAGUGUGCUUCUUCACAGCGCCGCCGUGCUCGGAGGGAGCAGCCUGUGGGUGUUUUGAAACGUUUGGGGACAAAGAGGAAAAAAAAAAAGCACACACCCUUCUUUUCACCCUCAGUAUUCGUCAGCCAACAACGCCACCGACUUCAUUUCAUCCGGCAAAGAACCCAGGAAAGCACCUUAACUCGGGAACAGGCGGAGCCCUCGCCGCCGGCCGCGUUUUUCUGGCUCACGACACAGCGUCCAUCCCGUGGGGUGAGAUUUGGGAUUAUUCUGAGCAAUAAGAGCCCCCCGUGGGAACCUAGGGAAGACUGGAAGUAUUAAAUGCGUGUGACUCGACCUGCCAAACCGCGGGAACCUGCACUUUUCAGUUCUCUUUAAAGGAACCGACUUGAUUCGAUGAUUUCUGGGGAGGGGAUAAAGUGAUUCGGUGUCAAUUCCGUGAUUCCUGGCCUGGGACGGGCGCCGCGCAUGGAAAGGGAUGGCAAGGGAUGGCAGCCCUGCUGUGGGCUCGCCAGGGCUGUGCCAAGGUCCCUCACACCCCGCUGGGCCACCCAGAGCCCCGAGCUCGCAGGGAAAGGGCGAACGACAAAGCCUGGGCAGAGAUGCCUGAAAAAGGGAGAAUUCCGCUCUCCCCUGUGGCCAGUGGGGAGGGUGCCCAGGAGCCCUGAGCCCCGCUGGCUCCGGUGCUCCGUGCUCGGAGCCGUUCCCAUCCCGACGUGCGAUGUUCCUUUCCAGCAGCCCUGGGCAGCCUCGGCCGCCAGCGAUGGCUCUUUUCCAGACCAAGAUUAAUUUAGUGUUUGUUUGUCUGCUCUGGCAGUUUAGCUGAGUGUCCAUUUCCACCCACAGAACCCUCACACUGUGUAUAAAGAUGGAUCAAAAAUAUAUAUAAUAUAUAUUCUUGUGAAUGUUGGUGCAAAAGAGAAAAAUAUAUAAAGUUUCAGUCGGCUUAAUGUUAUUUUUUAUCUCUAUGAAUGAAAGGAAGAAAUGGAAAACCUUUUAUUUCCAUUUACCACCCCUCCACAUACACCUACCUGUAGAUACCAACAGGUUUUAUGGAAAUGUUUUACUUUUUAGAUUUAGGAAAAUGCUUCUGUUCUCAUUGAAUGUUCUGUCUUGUAAGAUUGUAAUUUCUAUUUUUUUAAAGAAAAGAAAAUAACUAAAUAAAAUUUCCUCUUUCAGACCAGUCAGCUUAGGAAGGGAGGGCAGGGGAGGGAGAAAUGUUUAUUUAAGGACAAAACUGUUGUUGGAAUUUUUCAUAACAUUAAAUAAAAAGUAAUAUAAUGUAUGGAUGACAACCUUUUUCCUGAGGUGUGUUCUGUAGGUACAUAGAUGUAUAUUGCACAAAAUUUAUGGGAAGAAAAAUAAAGUCUGUUUUACAAGGUAAAAAAAAA